UUGUGACAAAAUUAGUGGCAAUAGUAUAUUUUUCCUAAUUGCAAAAUACCCUCUAAAAUAAAAAAAUAGUUGGCUAGCACUGUUCAUUAGCCCUCUAGGUGUUUGAUUUGGUUCCCUAACCACCACCCCUCCUCUGCCGCGCUCCGCCUGGAGGCCUGCGUCGCCCCUGCGUGUGCUGCGCCGCUGCCUUGCACCCCGCGCCGCCGCGCGCCGUCUUGUCACCGCCGUCACCCUGCCGCGCCGCCACGUCAUGUCGCCGUCGCCGCGCCGUCUCCAUUCCGCCGCACGCCGUCGCUGUUGUCGGUCGCAUCGUCUCGAGCCCCACCCCUCUGUGCGUGCCGUCGCCUUCGCCGUCACGUCGUCAUCAUCGCCGCGCCGCGCGCCGUCGCCAUCGCCGUCGCGUCGGCUUCGCUGCCACGCCGCGCGCCGUCUCGUCGCGCCCCGCGCCGCCAAGCCAUGUGCCGCUGCUGCACCGUCGUCCGUCGCGUCUCACAACGAUGAGCCCCGUGCCACGUCCCGUCACCGCGCGAACGUCCUGUCAAGGCGCCAUGCCAUGUGCGCCUAUGCCCUAUCCUCCUCUAGCCCAGCAUCUAGCCCGGUUGGCAAUGGGUUGGCAAGCUUAUCUUCUCCGGCUUGCCUAUAAAAGCAUCCCCACCAUCUCCCUUCCUCCCCACGCCAUCUUGGCUGCCAUCACAAGGCCAAGCCCCCAUAAAACCCCAUCCCUCUCUGCCUCUUCCUUGUACACAUUUCGUCGAACAUCUUGUGGGCGUGCUGCACCUUCUUCUCCACACCACCACUGCAGCCGAUCUUCGUUGUCCCGCCGUCUAUCGGUGGAUGCAUGCGACGGAGGUGGCGGCACCGGAGCAACUCACGAGCAGGCUACGACGGCGCAAGUGGUAGCGCUUGCCGGCGUGAGCAGCGGCUGCUCGGUAGAGAGGGAGUAGGCGGUGCUGCUCGGUCAACACGCGAGCAGGUGGUGGCUCAGCGACGCAAUAGCAGGGGAAGGGGUGGCUCAGCUUGGCUCAGAGACGCUGUAGCUUGCUGCGAACAUCGUUUAGAGUAGGAGCAGCCACAAGGACACACGACAAGCAAGCUGUGGAGAUUAUAGAUACCCUAUACCCACAUGGUAUAUAUAUCCGACUGGGUAUAGGGGUACUGUAUGUAGAUAGAAUAUCUUUAAGAGACUUGGGUUAAAUUCCAAACUUGUGUAUCAAGGAAAUACCCGGAGUCUUAGUCGUUUACGAUUGUAUUUUAUCUUUACUCGCCUAUUCCGUUAGGAAUAUGGGCUGUACCUUGUAAUACGGACUCCUUCCCCUAUAUAAGGAGGGGUCCGGGUGCCUCUUGGGGCAUAACUUUUCUCCCAGAUCAUACGAUCAAUAAUACACUCGACGGACCAAUCCAUGGACAGGAGUAGGGUAUUACUUCUCAUUGAAAGGGCCUGAACCUGUAUAAAAUUCUGUGUCUCUAAACCCAUCCACUUCUCCAGAUUGAUAGCUACCCCUUUUUGUAUUGCUGAAAUUUUGUUUCGACAGGUUGCGUGCCAGGUAGGCGUAGCGUCAAGUUUUUCGCCGACUAGUGCGAUGGGUUUUGUCUCCGGCAUCGACGACUUCGUCUUCCCUCCCGGGCAGGCGUUCCAGUUCGGCAGCCUCGACUUCAUCACUAACGACUUUGGCAAUAUUUCUCUCCUUGACUCGGAUCCGAACCAGUCAGGGAGAGGUCAGGCCUCUGCCCCGUUCGGUCUCCCAAACUCGGCCGAGAUCUACUCCAAGAUCAUCUCAUCUGAGUCGGCUUCAAACUACUCGGAAGAGAUCCAAUCUACUUCGACACGACCUGAUCAAGACGAUGGGGCCUAUCCUUCAAUCCUGAUGAAGCUCCCCGAUGACUUGGCUGCUAUUUUUACCACAAGGAUGUCUCCUCCCCGUAGGUCUAGACGGGAUCUGGUCUCUGCUCCAAUCCAAUCUAGCUCCAGGGAAGUCGGCGUCAUACUCCAGCCUCUCGGGACAGUUUCGACGGAAGAAUUGGACGGCUACCUCAGCUUCCCCGGUGUCGACUCUCGACCGACGGAGAUCCUCGAGUACGACAACUUCGGCUACCACUACGACUACAGCAACCUCGACGACUUCGACGAAGGCUACGAAGACAACUACAUGCCUCUCUUCUUUGGCGUUUUCAUGGCUAAUAACGAGACGGCAUAACAGCGCCAAGCCCGAGAAGCAGAAGAACAACGCACAUGACAAGAAGCUGAGCGUCGCCGACUGGAGGAGGAGCGACUAGCACAAGAGCGAGACCGGCUGCAGCGUGAGCAACAGGAACGCGAACAGGCUGCGAAGGAGGCUGAGGACCGGCAACAGCGAGCCUUGGAGGUCGGGCGACGAGCACGAGAACUUAUUGGACAGCAAGAUGUUGAGGGGACAGCGGUUUUUCGCACCCUGCAAUAGAACGCGGUAGCGGCAAUCACCCUCCUGGACACUCUGCUUCAGGAAGAUGCACCCAACCACGUCGUCAACAUCUUAAACCAAACCAAGCCCAUGAUCGCCUCCUCGGUCCCAAUUAACUCCUCAAGCAUCCGUACGCCGACUGGCAGCCGAGUUCCAUCUCUUCGAUUUCAAGAUUAUCAUCAACCAAGCCUCAGCGUUGCCGCCGUAGGAUCCAAUCGUAGGAGCAGGGAUCAUGGUGAACGAUCUGUUCACUCACCUGUCGAUAGGCAUAGGGAGCGCAGGGCUGAACAGCCCCGCUCUUCGCGUCGCAGGCGUCCCGUCGAUCUUCGCGAUACUAUCAAUCGGCGUCACGCGGAAAGAGGCUAUAUUCCCCACCAUUCACCAGAUCGUUACGACGACGAUGUGGAUGGAGUUGCCGCCUUCACAAGCGACCUGCGUCGAGUGGAUUGGCCAGCCGGCUUCAAGCCGACUGGAAUCGAGAAGUACGACGGCACAACAAAUCCUGAGUCUUGGCUCACCGUCUACGGUCUCGCAAUUCGUGCAGCAGAAGGAGAUAGCAAAGCCAUGGCUAAUUAUCUGCCCGUGGCCUUAGUGGACUCUGCCCGGUCCUGGCUUCACGGGUUACCCCGUGGCACGAUUGGAUCUUGGGCAGAGCUUCGCGAGCACUUCAUCGCCAACUUCCAGGGCACUUUUGAACGCCCUGGCACCCAGUUGACCUCUACAACGUCAUCUAGAAGCCUGGAGAAUCCCUUCGAGAUUAUAUCCGACGUUUUUCUGAACAACGCAACAAGAUCUCUGACAUUACCGACGACGUUAUCAUUGCCGCCUUCACUAAAGGUAUUCGUCAUGAACUUUUAGUCGGCAAGUUUGGACGCAAGCCUCCCAGGACAGUCAAGCAGAUGUUCGAAAAGGCCAACGAAUACGCCAAAGCAGAAGACGAUGUCACUGCAUCUAAGCAGUCGGGCAGUACCUGGAAACAAAAGAAAGAUGCGCCAACUACAGGAGGGAGUGGAAGUGCCAAUCACAAGGAUCGCAAGCGUAAGCCCGAGGAACUUGUGGCAACUACUACACCAUCUUCCCGACAGCAAUCACGUGUCAAUACCUUUGACAAGAUUAUGAAUGCCCAAUGCUCACAUCAUCCGAACUCAAACCAUGCGGCCAAAGAUUGCUUCGUUUAUAAACAGUUCGCAGAACAAUAUACCAAGAAAGCGCGGAAGCCAACUGAUGGAGAACAGAGCUCGUCAAAAAAGAAAGAUGAAGAAGACGAUGCACCGAUUGGCUUUCAAGAUCCUCGAAAGGAACUCAAUCACAUUUUUGGUGGCCCCAUGGCAUAUGAGUCCAAGAGCAAGCAAAAGCUGACUGAACGGGAGAUCAACGCCGUCCAGCCCGAUACACCCCAAUAUCUUCGGUGGUCGGAGACAACAAUCAAGUUUGACUGCUCGGAUCAUCCUGACCGAGUGGUCCACCCGGGGCGGUACCCCCUGGUACUAGACCCAGUGGUUCACAACGUCAAACUCCGACGAUCCCUCAUUGAUGGUGGCAGUGCACUCAAUAUCCUUUUUGCCAAGACUCUGGAUGACAUGCGGAUCCCUCGGACUGAGCUGAAGCCGAGUAGUGCGUCCUUUCAUGGAGUCAUCCCCGGGCUAUCUUCUACUCGGCCAGAUCACUUUGCCGGUCACCUUCGGCAUUCGGGAGAACUUUCGCACAGAGAACAUUUGCUUCGAAGUUGUUGAUUUCGAGACAGCGUAUCACGCUAUACUCGGACACCCGGCGUUAGCCAAGUUCAUGGCCGUCCCACAUUACACCUACAUGAUGAUGAAGAUGCCAGGACCUCGAGGAGUCAUAUCUUUGCGGAGCAACAUCAAGCAAGCCGUCACCUGCGAUAAGGAAAGCUGCGAGAUGGCCCAGACACGUGAGAUCACACUUGCUCGAGAGGAGAUCCGACUGGCUGCAUCAACGACAACCGAAGGAGAAGUGCCUGCACCCAAGAUAUCAAAGAACAGAGAAAGCGACGCCAAGACCAAGAAAAUUCCCCUUGACCCUUCUGAUCCUACUAAAACUGCUGUAAUAGGUGCCGAGUUAGAUUGUAAAUAGGAAAGCGUGCUCAUCACCUUUCUUCAAGCUAAUAAAGAUAUUUUUGCAUGGAAACCAUCUGAUAUGCCUGGUAUUCCUAGAGAGGUGAUUGAGCACUCUUUACAUGUUAAGGAAGGCGCUAAACCUGUUAAGCAACGACUCCACCGUUUCGCACAAGAUAGAAAAGACGCAAUCAAGGAGGAAUUAACCAAGCUGUUAGCAGCCGGGUUCAUUAAGGAAGUCCUACAUCCCGACUGGCUGGCAAACCCAGUUCUGGUUCGGAAGAAAACAGGACAAUGGCGU